AGCCAAGAUCACGUGGAGUGGAGGAAAGAGAAAUAGAUUCGGCGGUGAUGCUUCACCGACCAAUGACGGCGACCUCCUGUUCCCACGACCCUCCCUCUUUUCGCUAUUUUCUCAAUUUCUCAUUUUCCUGGGACAUUUCCACACGCCGUAUGUCCUUUUGAGUUUCAGAGGGGGAGGAAGAGUCUCCCGCGCCGGUUUCGUCUGUGUUUUUUGUUGGACGAGACUGAUCGAAGCGUGUGGAGAGAACCGUAGAGUAGGGUCCCAUUUCCUUUUUGCUUCUCUUCGGUUUUACUUCGAAGAGGAGUUGCUUUGUUCUUUUUCUUCUUGCUUCGAAAUUUUUUCUUUCGCGCUCUUUUCUGUGGAUUUGUUUGGGAGAGUUAUGAAGGGGAACGAAGGGAAUGACGGGGGUCUUAUGGACUCAGUCGCUGAGAGGUUCGAAGAAGGCGAGAAGGAAAAACGGAAGAAGCGCCGAGCGAAUCGGCGGAAUCGGCAGAAUCAAGGUGGUUUGGUUUCUUCGGGGAAGAAUUCAGAUGGAAAUGAAGUAACUGAUGGGGCAACAUUAGGAGAGCCACAAUGUGGUGAAUCUUCCUCUGCUGCAAGAAGAGACAUGGACUCAUCUCUUCUAUGUAAACCAAUAUUGGAAGAAAUCCAAUCUUCAGAUCUUCAGUGUGGUUUUUUUUCAUCCCUAGAAUCGUCUGAUGCAGCUGUAAAUCCCAUCCAGUUGCAUGGCGAAGGACCUAAAGCAUCUGACAUUGCUUUCAUUUCUUUGCCAUCUAUGCACAUAACUGAGGAGAGACAAGUUGAGAUUGAUUGUCGAAGUAUGCCACACCAGAACAAUUCUGCACAUGGUAUGUGUGGGAACUAUUCUGAUAAGGGAUAUUCCAGAUCAUGUCCAUCACCAAUCUCAUUUGAAAAAUUUAAUCCGGCAUCCCCAGUCAAUGGAUUCCUUCCAUAUCAGAAAACUGAAGCUGGAAGAAAGUAUUUUGUGCCUUACUGGUCAAUGCAGGAUGUUAAUAAGGCAGUGGAGAGAGGCGAUGCAUUCAGGGCAUCCUUUCGCGUAAAUGCUCAUUAUCGAAUAGAGGCUUACUGCACAAUAGAUGGGGUGCCUAUUGAUGUUCUCAUCUCUGGAUUUGCUGCUCAAAACCGAGCGAUAGAAGGUGAUGUUGUAGCAAUUGUCAUAGAUCCAGUAGCCGCCUGGCCCAAAUUAAAGGGAUCACCUAGUGUCCUGGCAAAUUCCUCCACUGAAGAUGAUUCCUUUACUGUAUGUGAAACUAUGGAAUCAGCUGACGAGGUGCUGCAAGGGAAACUUGAUCCUAAUAAAGCAGCCAAAUUUCUGACUGAUCAAACUUCCUCCUUUCUUAAGGAUACAAAUUCAAAUGCUUUGGAAUGCAGUCUUGCUAGUCAAGUGGGCCUCCAAGUCACAUAUGUCUCAAAUUCAAGACGGUCAGAAACAUGUCUCACGUACGUGAAUUCUACCCUUGGACAUCUUCCACAUAAUUCAUCUGCCAUUUCAAGGGCUGCAAAUGACACGAGUCAACCAGAUGGAGCUGCAGCUGCAGUACAAAAGUUUGCAGCUAUUGUAAGGAAAUUUCAUUUUAAAAGACCUACUGGAAGAGUAGUUGCGAUUAUUGAUCAGUCUCCUAGACGCAAUGCUGUUAUUGGUUUUCUUGGUGUUAGGCAAUGGAUGUCAUUUAGGGAAGGAAUUAAAAAGGAUGUACUUGGGCCAUCAUCUAGAAAGAACAACAGUAAAAUGUGUUCCUUGCCUAGGGAAUAUGUUCAGUUGACACCCAUGGAUGGGAAACUCCCAAAAAUGAUGGUCCUUGUUAAGACUUUGCCAUGCUGCAUUAAGGAAAGGCUGCAAAAAGCUGACAUCACUGUUGAAAUGGAAUUAGUAGCUGCAAAAAUCCAUGACUGGAAGGAUGAAAGCUUUCUCCCGCAGGCCUUUGUGCUACACAGUUUGGGAAAAGGUACGGAUAUUGAAGCACAAAAGGGUGCUAUUUUAUUCGAGCAUGCAAUUCAUCAUGUGGACUUUUCUCCAGAGUCGCUUGCCUGUCUUCCAAUGCUACCUUGGAGGAUUCCAUCAGAGGAGUUUGAGAAAAGAAAAGAUUUUCGUGAUCUCUGUGUAUUUACCAUUGAUCCUUCAACAGCAACUGAUCUUGAUGAUGCUUUGUCUGUUGAAAAAUUGUCUGAUGACAUCAUUAGAGUUGGAGUUCAUAUUGCUGAUACGUCAUUUUUUGUAAUGCCUGAUACGGCUUUAGAUGCAGAAGCUCAGCUUCGUUCAACAAGUGUUUAUUUAUUGCAGCAUAAAGUACCAAUGCUACCUCCAGUGCUAUCUGAAGACUUGGGUUCACUUAAUCCUGGGGCUGAUAAACUUGCAUUUUCUAUUACCUGGGACAUUAACCGUGUUGGAGACAUACUUGAUCAAUGGAUCGGCCGCACCAUAAUUAGAUCUUGCUGUAAGUUGUCAUAUGAACAAGCACAUGAUAUAAUUGAUGAGAGAUUGGACAUCAAUAGUCUUAGUAAUGGCAACAGUAGGUUGCCUGAGUUGCAUGGAAAGUUUGAAUGGAAGGAUGUUAUUGAUUCUGUACGGAUGCUUAAUAGAAUUUCCAUGACCCUAAAGGAACGGAGAUUCAAAGAUGGGGCCUUGUGGUUGGAUAGCCCAAAGCUUGUUCUCUUGUUUGAUGAAUGUGGAUUGCCAUUUGAUAGUAAUCUCCAUGAGAGAAUUAGUUCCCAUUUUCUGGUUGAGGAAUUGAUGCUUCUGGCUAAUAUGACAACUGCAAAAGUCAUAUCCAAUGCAUAUCCAGAUUGUGCCUUAUUGCGGAGGCAUCCAGAACCUAACUCUCGGAAACUGAAAGAGUUUGAAGCAUUUUGCGGAAAGCAUGGGUUUGAAUUAGAUACUUCAUCAUCUGGCAGGCUGCAUAUGUCAUUACAGAAGAUUCAGAAAAAACUUGAGAAUGACCCUGUGUUAUUUGAUAUUCUUGUCAACUAUGCUUCAAAACCAAUGCAAUUGGCAGCAUAUUUUUGUACAGGGCAGUUGAGAAACAGAGAGAAUGAGUGGACACAUUAUUCAUUGUCUGUUCCCUUUUACACUCAUUUUACCUCACCUCUGCGGAGGUACCCAGACAUUGUAGUGCACCGGACGUUGACUGCAGUUCUUGAAGCUGAGGAGGUGUAUGCUGCUGCUUUACAGAAGAAGCUUGUACAGUCUGAUAAAAAGUGCAGUCAGACAGUGUCAGGAUAUUUUAGUAGCCUUCAUUUUGAUAAGAAGGCUGCAGAUUCAAAAGAAGGUAAGGGGGCGCUUAUGGCAGCUGCUUUGAGACACAAGAUUCCUCGUACAGCAGAACUUGCAGGAAUUGCUGCCUAUUGUAAUGACCGAAGGUUAGCAAGCAGGCAAGCCCAGGAUGCAAGUGAGAGGGUUUACCUCUGGGCUCUUCUUAAGAAAAAAGAGGCAUUAAUAUCAGAAGCCAGAGUUUUGGGUCUGGGGCCAAAAUUUAUGUCUGUUUAUGUCAACAACGUUGCUAUGGAAAGGAGGAUAUAUUACGAUGAUAUUGAAGGCUUGAUUGUUGAUUGGCUUGAGACGACAUCUACACUUAUUUUGGACCUACGUAAACCUAAAAUCAGCCACAGAAAAAGUAACCCUGGAAAAUCUCGAGUGCUUGAGGACAUUGCAUUGAUAGUCAACCCAAGUGAGUUGAAAUAUGAAGAUGUGCUGGCUGAAAUGGUCGAUGAGGUUACUGUGAGUGAGGUUGGAAAGAACGGUCUGACGGAAGAAGCCAAACCAGAAUAUGAAAACUUAAGUUCCAAACCUUGUGAAACAGAGCCUGCUGUACUUCCACUGACGUUGCAGGUUCUGUCACAGGUACCGGUGUCAGUUCAUGCUAUUGGAGGGGAUAAUGGCCCUCCUGACAUAGCAGUGAAACUAUAUUUGAGUUCUUAUCAUAAGGAAGCUUGAAAAUAAACUUGAAUUAUCCAGACCGUAGUUUGGUCAGAAGAUCCAAGAAUAACUGGAGUUAGUUUCAGGAAUUAAGAGGGUAGGAUAGGAUUGAUAAGGGCUAGUUUCAAAGGUUUUUCCUUCUCCAGGGUGGGCUGGCAAGGUUGGUGGAUGUAAAUAUCUAGCUUCUGUAUAGUUAGAUUUUGUCGCCUUGGUUCUGCCUGGGCCAAAUUGGGUGGUUAGUCUUAUCUGGUCAUCUGAAGGCAUGUGUUUAGUGGCUGGGGUCUAAGGUGGAUCGAGGUUUUAUGCCCGCGGUAAUUUUACUCUUUUUCAUGUAGCUUCAUUGUUACUCAUGGAACUGACCUGAUUUUUUGGGUAGGUCUUUUCCAUUUACGUUCAAGACGACACCCACUUAUUUUUUUUGUUUGGGUGGAAGGGGCCUGAGUUUUUACGCGGUCCAUCUUUUGUUAAUUCUCUACCAUUUUUUAGUUGCGGUUCUGAAUUAAACCUGAAAGUUAAUUUGGAAA